GCGCGGCCGGGCAGUCUCGCACGUUUGCGCGCCCAUGGCGGCUUUCCCUGAUGCUCUCCUGCCCGGCCUCUUCCGCCCGGGGCCGCCCGGGCGCGAGGGUCCCGGGGCCGGAUUGCGGGUGGCCGGCUGGGGCCAGUGCGGACAGGUGGGCGUCGCGGCUAGGGAGCCGGGAGCGCCGCCGCUCUUCCUGCCCCGCCGCUGCCGGAGGGCGCGGGAGAACUGGCUGCCCGCCGAGGCCGCCCCGCUGCCGCUGAAGACCCCGGACGCGGCGCCCCGAACCGCCGGCCCGCCCGCCGGCCCGGCCCUGACCGCCCUGGUCCCGCAGCUGGGCCGGCUCUUCCUAGACCACCCGGAGGCGGCUUUCGGGGCCACGGCCCGGCUGCUGCACCAGCACGUCUACCUGGGGGACUCGACGAAUUGGCGGAGAGCCGGAGGCGUCUGCGGGAUGACCCGCUUUCUUCGUGCCUUGGAAGGCCCGACGCGAGGCGGCAGCCUCUCCGGCGUUGCCUCGGUGUGCCGCGACUGGCUGUCUGAGCUACCCCUGAAGCUGGUGGCCGAGUGGCUCCACGAGGACCUGGCCGAACGGCGGCGGCGCCUAUCGUUCGACGACACCCCCACCGGCGGUGCCUUGGCCUGGCUGCCUGACCGCACCCCUGGAGAACCCACACGCCGGGGUUGCCUGGUGUUCCCAGCCGGGGAGGCCAAGGACCGGCUCUGCUUCCAGGAGGCGGUCCUGAGACCAGCGGCCAGCAGCAAUGCCCUGAGACCUGAACUCCGUGGCUGCCCCGCCCAGUUCGAGCUGAACGGUGCAGUCCGGCAAGUGGCAGCCACCCACCUGGAGGGCAGCGACUUCUUGGGGGUCCGCUCGGACCAUUUCUGUGCGGCAUGGAGGCAGCAGCGUGGAAGGGCUCCCACCCCUCUGCAAGUGGUUUGCACAGAAGCCCCCUGCUCUUCCAUCACAGUCAGCCCCCACCUACCCGGCGAGCUGUCCUUGUGCACCCUGGCAGGGGAGCUGUACCUGUGGAACGUGGAGACGGGGCUCCGACGGCUGCACCAGGACCGCGACAGCCUCUUCUUCCGGGACCCUUCUCCUUGGCGCUGGAGUGAGUUUUCUGCCCACCCACGAGUGCUGACAUUUGCCGACCGCACUGGCCUGAAGGGUCUCGACCAGAGGGUGUCCUCUGGUGGCUGCUUUGAGCUCUUCAAGAUAGGGAGUGAAGCAGACUGCCAGCGUGGGGAACGCCUGGUUCUCUCCAAGUACUUGGGCCAUUCAGAGCCCUUCCACCACUUAGUGACCACACAGUUUUCGGUCUUUGUGCUGGACGAACGCUUCCCCCUGGUGCCUGUCCUGCGCUGGGAGCACAUGAUGCAGUGGCCACCCAUCUACGCCCACCUCACGCCCGCCGGGGCUCCACAGCACAACCACAGGGUGCUCCUGAGUGCCCACCAUUCUCAGGAGCUGCUCCUGCUGCAGUACUCAGGUGGCCACAGCCUCCCUUGCCAGCUCCAAGGUGCCCCCCAGAAGUUGCCAUCCAUCAAGGAGUGCCUGCCCCACUUCCCUGUGCAGGUGCCUGUGAGGCAGAGCGCCCUCAACCAGCGUCUCUCCGUCCCCACGACAGGCAUUGCAGCAGCCCUCGGUCAGCAGGACGGCAUCCAGACACUGCUGGUCUUCCAGCUUUCUGAGGCCGGGGACCUCUUCUACCAGCCGCUGCUCCCACAGGCCAGUGGGGAGGAGGCCGGGGGGCACGCUCCCACUGACUUGGACCCGGAGGCCAGCUUCGGAGAUGCCGUGGUGGACAGAGCCUGCCAAGAACCCAGUUUUCCAGAUGGAGCAAAGACAGCUAGUAGCCCAGUAGCCGCAGCCCUCUACCGGCGCUGGCUGAGGGCCUGGAAGCGGGCCACCCCACACGCCCAAAACUGGCAGUUCCCUCCGGCCACGCUCAACCAGGGCUGCCUCUUCGCCCACCGAGAGACGAGGGGAGUGGAGGGGAGUGUCCCGUCCUCUCUGGAGGCUUCCCACUGCCUGCGCAUGGCCAUGCAGGAAGAGCGACUCUUCUGCUCCUGGGGGGACGAGAGUAGGGUCCCUGUGCCUCCUGUCUCCCUGGGGCCCCUGGGAGAGCUUGGCCAGCGGCUGGCAGCUAACUGGGCCGGCGAUUGGGUGGCCUGGUGGCUGGAGAGGCUGGGCUCCACCAAGGCCCGGCAACAGGCGCUGAGGGAGAAGCGGAGGCGAGCCAAGCGGCGCAGGGGGACGCAAAGCCUGUCCGGCAGCUUCACCUCCUCCACCAGCUACCAGUCAGAGCUCAGCGACUGGUCCGGGAGGGACAGCAGGGCCCCCAGGUCCCCUCCGGCUUUGCCCAUGGAGCCCCCCCUCCAGGCUCCCCCAGCCCUGCCGCUCAGUUCCCAGGAGGACUCAGAACUGCUGUCCUCCCAGAGCCUGAGCGCUCGGGGCAUCCCCAGGGAGCGUCGCCAGACCCUGCGAAGGUACCUGGCGGUCCUGGACCAACCCCCGGAGCCGCCUGAGGACGACCUGCCGGCCAGCCAGUCCUCAGCCCUGGGCAGCAGCCAGCGGGGCCCCUCCUCUUCCCAGGGACCCCAGCAGAAACGGGCCCGCAUGGGCUUCUGAGUGGGGAGGGGGUUGCCUGUCUGGGCACAGCUGAGCACCUGGUGAAUAAAGUUGGCUCUUUCUUAGC